AUGAAGAAACAUUCGGCAAGAGUGGCACCAUUACCGUCUUACAAUGUUUCUGAAUUAAAUUCGCCCGUGCCAGACGGUGCCUCACGAUCAUCUGUCAUCCAAUGCAAGCCAGGAGGCAACUGCCCCAGCAGACACAGAGGCAUGACUAGGCAGCUCUCCCCUCUAUCUGUUGCUGAAGAUUCUGCUGCUCCCAUUCUUGAGCUGCAGAAUCGAAGUCCCUCGGGAAUCUGUCGGCACAGCAGAGUCGAAAGGCAGAGCAGAUCAGGAGAGGAAGGAACACAAACGCACACGGAGAGCAGCAGCCAAGAAGCUGAAGGACAGACACGAUGCCAGUCUUGCACAUCCACAUUUCUCAAGCUUAUCUGGAGGUUUCUGAUCAUUUUGUCUGUCUCUUCCUCCUGGGUCGGGACCACGCAGUUUGUCAAAAUCACGUAUGAGACCUUUGACUGUCCUUUUUUCAUGACUUGGUUCUCAACAAACUGGAACAUUAUGAUUUUCCCCAUUUAUUAUUCUGGGCACCUAGCAACUGCGCAGGAAAAGCAGUCUCCAAUCAAAAAAUUCAGGGAAUGCAGUCGGAUUUUUGGUGAAGAUGGUCUGACGCUGAAAAUCUUUCUUAAAAGGACUGCUCCCUUUUCUAUUCUGUGGACUUUGACUAACUACCUGUAUUUACUGGCUUUAAAGAAGCUGACAGCCACAGACGUCUCUGCCCUAUUCUGUUGUAACAAAGCUUUUGUCUUCUUGCUUUCUUGGAUUGUGCUGAAAGACAGGUUCAUGGGAGCAAGGAUAGUGGCAGCAAUAAUGGCAAUCACAGGAAUCGUAAUGAUGGCAUAUGCAGAUGGUUUCCAGGGCGAUUCAAUUAUCGGGGUAGCAUAUGCUGUGGGAUCAGCCUCUACAUCUGCGUUGUAUAAGGUUCUGUUCAAAAUGUUUCUUGGAAGUGCAAACUUCGGGGAAGCGGCUCAUUUUGUUUCUACUCUGGGCUUCUUCAAUUUAAUUUUCAUCUCCGUUACCCCGAUCAUACUGUAUUUUACAAAAGUGGAGUACUGGUCCCCCUUCUCUGCCGUGCCAUGGGGUUACCUGUGUGGAGUAGCUGGCCUCUGGUUAGCUUUCAAUAUUCUGGUUAACGUUGGCGUCGUGCUUACAUACCCCAUUCUGAUCUCUAUCGGCACCGUGCUCAGCGUCCCUGGAAAUGCAGCUGUGGAUCUGUUGAAGCACAAAAUGAUCUUCAGCGUAGUGAGGUUGGGAGCCACCAUCAUCAUCUGCAUUGGGUUUCUGCUGAUGCUGCUCCCUGAGGAAUGGGAUGAAAUAACCCUGAGGUUCAUCAACAGCUUGAAAGAGAAGAAAAGCGAGGAUCAUGCCGACGACAUCACAGACUCCAGUGUACACACGAGAAGCAGAAGUAGAGCUAAUGGGACAGUGUCUAUACCACUAGCUUAG